UCUCUACACCGCCCACUCCACUCACCGCCGCCUCGCCGGCUUCUUCUUCUCCUUCUUCGCCUCACCACAUCGCCCGCUUCCCCUUUUUCUGCAUUUUUUUAAAGGAAGGAACCAAGCGCACUUUUUUUUUUUUGAGCCACAGCAACCAAAAAAAAAAACCAACAACAACAACAACCCAAAAACAAAAAAAAGGGGGGGAGGAAAAAAAAAAAAAGGAAUCACCAUGGCGAGCACCGAGGAUAAACCUGCCAACAAGGAGAGCACGUCCAGCUGGAAGGACUCCAUCUACAACCCGAGGACCGGGGAGUUUCUGGGUCGCACGGCCUGCAGCUGGGGCCUCAUCCUGCUGUUCUACCUGGUUUUCUACUGCUUCCUGGCCGGUAUGUUCGCCCUGACCAUGUGGGUGAUGCUGCUCACCCUGGAUGACUAUGUGCCGAGGUACCGGGACCGCGUCCCGUUCCCAGGGCUGGUGAUUCGUCCAAAAUCCCUGGACAUCCACUUCAACAAAUCCGACCCCCUGAAGUACGCCACGUACGUCCAGCACCUGGAGUCCUUACUGCAAAGAUACAACGAUUCAACGCAGCAGGUGAACGAGGACUGCCCCCCCGGAGAGUACUACAUCCAGGACGACACCGAGGUCAUGACGAAGAAAGUGUGCCGCUUCAAGAGGAGCGCGCUGAGCCUGUGCUCCGGCCUCUCUGACACCAGCUUCGGCUACUCUGAGGGGAAACCCUGCGUGCUGCUGAAGAUGAACAGGAUCAUCGGCCUGAAGCCUCGCGGGGAUCCCUACAUCAACUGCACGCUCAAAAAAGAGUCCCCGAUCCAAAUGCAGUAUUUCCCCAUUGAGGGGCGCAUUGACAAGAUGUAUUUCCCCUACUAUGGCAAGAGAGCCCAUGAGGAUUACGUGCAGCCUCUGGUGGCCGUGAAGCUGCUGCUCACCAAGGAGGACUACAACAAGGAGCUGGCGGUGGAGUGCAGGGUGGAGGGCUCCGACCUGCGCAACGACGACGAAAGGGACAAGUUCCUGGGCCGCGUCACCUUCAGGGUCAAGGUGGUGGAGUAAAAAGGGGGGAGAAAGAGAGAGAGAGAGAGAGAGGCCGGCUGGUAAAAAAGGAAAACAACAACAAAACAAAACAAAACAACAACGCAGAGGCUGCCAACGUUUGCUGAGGAUUCAUGUUCAAAAAUUGAAAACAAAUAAAAAUGGAAGGGAGUGUCAAAUAUGUCACAAAGAUGACAUAUUUGGGGAGGGAGAGCCAGUUAGAAACCGGAUGUUGCUUUGAUGACAUUUCUGACCCUUCUUUCCUUCAUGAUUCCUUGCUGACCUCCUCAAACUGCUCCCCUCCUCCUCCUCCUCCUCCUCCUCCUCCUCCAUCCCUCCUGUCACCCGUUGCACUGCUCAUUCCUCUCUCUGGUUUACUAUUAUUUCUGUUUUUUGGUUUUUUUGCUUUUAUUUCGGCGAUCGAUGUGAUUAGAUAACUUAUAGCCAUUUGCAACCAAGCCAUUCGGAGCUGUUGUGUAAGUGCUGAUACACGUUUUUUUGUUUUGUUUUUAUUUUCAUUUCAUUUAGAUCUUCCUGCUGUCGGGAAGAGAGCGCUGUUUCUCGUCUCUUUGAGCCGUGUGAACGACUGCCCGGUGUAUCGCUGUAUAGAACAACUGAGAAAGUAGAAACAUUUCCGACCCAUCUCCAGAUGUGUUCACGUCAUCACGUCACAGAGACUUUUCAUAGGAACGUACCUUGAUAAUCAAGUAUAGCCACUGUAUCCCUGUAUAUGAAAAAUGCCAGUUACAAAGUCCCUUUCUACAUAUAAAUACAUUGUGAUCCUGAACCAUAUUUAGGGGAUUAUAGAUAGAUCUUCUGUGUUGCGGGUCCGCAGUGGCCGCGACCCCGUCUCGUGCCGUCUGUCUGUCUGUCCGUCCGUCUGUCUGUCUGCAUGUGCGUCUGUCUGUCUGUACGUCUGCCCGUCUUCCUGUUUACUCACCUCUCCACUGCAAUAGCCGACAUUCGUGGGUGAGCCCUCCGGGACCGUAGAGGGACGUCGCCUCGCUCCACCUCGCCAGGGUGCUGCGCGUCGAACGGCGACGCACACACACGCGCACACACGCACACAUAUAGAAGGUAUACAGUGUAGAAGCUGCUUUUUAAGGCGGAGAGGCGCUGGGAAAGCGUUGCAAAAAUUCAAAAAAAAAAAAAAAAAGAAAGAAA